GCGGGCGGAGCGGAUCCCGGGCGCUGCUCUCGGGCUCAGCUCAGUGCGAGGGUGCCGCUUAGCUGGAAGAACCGCUCCGUUCUGCUUUCAGUGCAACAGCAAAAAUUGAACGAGGUUUUCUUCAUCACAUCAUUGGUCCAUUCAGAUUUUGAGAGGAUUGCCAAAUUAACAGACUUUAUGAAAGGUGCCAACACCAUCUUUUCUGACGACCUCUGCAGUCCUUCGACAGCCCAGGAAGGCAACGUGAUUUAAUCUGCAGACGAUCUCUAUAACGGAUCCCCAGCAACGCCUGUGCUGCUGCCUGUACGACUCGCUCAGCAUUUCCCGUGGGGAAUUUGUAGCAUCCAGCCGCUGGCAUCGUCUCCCGGCGGAAGCUUAACCAUUUGAAGAGGAAGGGAGGGGGAAAAAAAAAAAAAAAAAAGUCCCAAUCAGGACGUUCGCACAUGCUGCUCUCUGCCUCCUCGGCUGGGUGUCGCGCUGAAGGGCCGGGACAUCAGCGGGGGGCGGGGGGCGGCGGCUGGGGCUCGCCCUGCUCGGGGCUGCCGUUCCCCCGGCGCUCCGGGGGGCUGGGCGCCUGCAGCCCGCCGGGGCGGCAGCGGAGACGGGGUCGCGCUACCCCGAGGGUACACACACAGACUUGAUUCAAAUAUUUCAAGCCUAAAUGGCCUCUGGCAUAAACAAGGUUCAUCAGACCGGGACUUGCAAUGGAUCUAAAGCCGCUGCAGCAGCUCGGCAGAGGAAUGAAUGCAGUCAAGAAAUGCACAUGAAAAUGUGCAAGAAGAUUGCCCAGCUCACUAAGGUGAUAUAUGCCCUGAACACUAAGAAUGAUGAACAUGAGGCUAGUAUAAAAGCUCUGAGAGAGGCUCAUGAAGAAGAAAUUCAGCACAUUCUUGCUGAGACAAGGGAAACAAUUCUCCAGUGUAAAAGCAAAGUUGAAGAAGAACAAUUGCUGAGAAAACAUAUUCAGGCCCUUGAAAUUGCCGUAGAACAACACAAGAGGCUAAAGGAAGAAGCCUUGGCAGAGUUAACAUUGUGCAAGAAGCAGGUGGAAGGUAGGGAGCCGAGAACAGAAGGAAAACAAAUACAAAUGGUCCUUUCUACAGACACGGUAGAUACAAAUGCAGACUUUGAAAACAAGCUUCUACAUUUAAAUCAGGAAUCUGAUGGACUGUUAAAUGAAUGCAAAGCAUCUAGGAGAGCAAAUUUAGAUAAAAUUUUAAAUAUAGAUGAAAAAUACAGUGUGAAAGGACAAGCUCUAAUAAAUGAGAUAGAAAACCUGAAGAGUGAGAACCAGAGAGCAACUGAAGAAUACACUCAGAAAACAAGUAAACUGCAAGCUUCUUCUGAGAGAGAAAAAGAGGAUUUGAAAAACGCUAUGCAGCAAUCUGUAAUAGAAACAAGGAAGAAAUGUCAGCAACGAGAAAUGGAGCAAAGGAAGAGCUCAGAGGCUGAGGAGGGUUUUUUGCUGCAGCAGGUAAAGAAGCUGGAGGCAAACCUAGAGGAAAAAAGCCAGAAAAUAAAUGAGAGGAAGAAGCAUUCCCAGAAGCUGAAGGAGAGAAUACAGGACCUUCAGACACAGCUAGAGGAAUUCAAAAGAAAAUCUGAGUUUGAACUGAAGCAACUAGAGAAAGAGAAAGAAGUCCUAACUGGGAAACUUCAAAACUCUUCACUUGAGGUGGAUCAGCUGAAGCAAACAUUAGAUCAACAAGCAAAUAAUUUCAAGGAGUCACUGAAGAAACAUAAUCUACAGUCAAACAAAGAAAAAGAGAAGCUUUUGCAGGAUCUCCAAAACACCAUUAAAGAAAACCAGAAUGUUAAACUGCAGCUGGAGGCAUCACAUCAUAAAGUCUUAAAAAUGUUGGAGAAAAGCAAAAAUCAGGAACUCAAGGAGACAGAAGAACGUUUGAAAAAGGAAUUUAAUGAGACUUUCAAGAUCCAACAUCAGUCUCAUAGGCUGGAAAUACAAACCUUGGAAGAGAAAGCAAAGAAAGAAUUACAUGAUGAACUUGAGCAGAUACAGAAGCAGCAAACCCUGGUGCUAGGAUCUCUAAGGAUGGAACUCUCUGAGCAACAGAUGUCGUGCACUAAUCUCAAGAAACAAAUAGAAGAACUCCAGAUGGAGCUGAGGAGUGUGAGGACACUGAAGAAGCAACAGGAAGGAAGUAGCCAGAGCCAGAUCAGAUCUCUUCAUGAUGAACUGGAAAAAUGUCAGACUGAAAUUUCUGCACUCAAGAAAGAGAAUUUACUUUUGAAGGACACAAUGGAGCUACUCAGUGUUGAGUUGGAGUCACAGAGGCAAGAAGCUGCACAGCUUCAAGAUAGGGAGAAACAGCACAGAAGGCUACUGGUAGAAGACCUCAAUAUCAAACAUAAAGAAGAACUGCACAUACUGAAACAAGAUCAUCGGAAGGAAAUCGAAAACAUACUAUCUGAUUUCAGCAGCACUCGGGCACAUCUCCAAGCAAAGAUUUUCUCCUUAGAAACUGAACUUAAGCAAUUAGAAGAAAAGUCAAGAAGAUGGGAGUCUAGAUCAGAAGAUACCCACCUUAUAAGCUGUCUGCAAAACAAAUUAAGUGAGAGAGAAGAGAUGAUCAAGCAGCUGGCGCAGCAGAAGAAAACGGUUGAGGUGCCCAGUCGUGUUGUCAGUGUUCCGAAUUUAGCUUCCUACGCAAAGAGCUUUUUGAGCUGUGACUUGACAUCAAAAAGAAGUGCUCCUCAAAUAACAAAAUCUACAAGCUUAGACCGGAGUCCUGGCUUCCUCAAGGUGGGCUCUCCAUCAGCACUGUCCUCAGACAGCAGUGCUGCCACAAGGACACAUGGCAAUGAACCACCACAAACCAAAGAUGACCAAAACCAAGACCCUCAGCAUCAAGAAUGGUUUACUAAAUAUUUUUCAUUUUAAAGCAAACUAUUUCUGUACUACUCAGUAUUACUAGAAAAGCUGUUCCUGUUUUCUUCUAGGAAAUGAUAAUCAGAUAUAUGAUUUAGAAAAAAAAGACAGAGAUGUAAUUUCCAUGUAAAUAAUUAGGAGCA